GAGUUUACUCGAGAACAAGUUGAACUACAUCAUUGAUAAAAUGGAUAACCUAAGUGCCCACGAUGUAGCUGCUCGCAUUCAAGACCAAGCUGAAAAUCACGACGAUGUUGUUAAGGCUCAAUUUCCCGAACUGCCAUACAAUAGUGUUCAGACGCUGACAACUGUGAAUACUAGCUUGGCAGAUAAAAAUCUAGCUGUUAGCCUUGUCGGUUUCUUAUACAACACGUACAAGAGUGAAGCAGAUGUAAAAAAAUUCGUUAACAGGAUGUACAUAACCAUUUUUGGAGAUUCGGCCAGUCAAAAGUUGCAAUGGAGAAGUGCCUUUAAAACCAAUGAUAAGAGAUCAGGGAUUGCAAAUAUGCUGAAUAUUUUGGCUGUUUUUGGAACAUCUUGUAACAUGUUCACCGAUAAGCGAAGCCUAGACAAGUUUUCUAUUACAAAUCUCGUGCAACAAGUAAAGAAUUGUCGAAAAGCUCGCGCUAAUGAAUAUCGAAAACUCAACAACAUUGACGCCGUAACCGCUGCCGCCGCCAAUCUAGUGGCUGAAACUGCAGUAGAUGCCACCAAAGACGAUACCGGUGUGGUAGCAGCGUUGGACAAAUUGAUUACAAAGCUUGAAAAGGCUGUAGGAGAGUUUAAAAUUCCCCGACAGUAAACUUUUUACUGUCUCGUUGCGUCGGAAAACUUACACUGACGACCAAGAAAGUAACCUUCAACGUUCAUGUAUCAAUACAUGCAAACAUUCCAAAGAAACUCUGUGUUCGCAGAAGUCGCAGGGAACCAAAUUUUUGUUUUUAAAAUUCCAGUUUACAAGAUUCUCAAUCCUUCCUUUGUUUC